ACACUUGCCGUCAUUCGAAAAAUUUUCACGGAACGAAGAAGGCACGGUACGUCCGGAUUUUAGCGCGAUUUCGUGUUUGGUCGCCACUCGAGUGUAAAGAAAUUUGUACACCCCCGAAAAUAGUGCGAGUGCAGAUUUGUAAAUACGAAGGCGGCAAAGAGUGUCUGGAAUAUAAAUAAUCGUAAUAAUUCCAUGUGUGCAUUUAAACAGCAUUUUUCUAGUGUCAAACCAGUUUGAAAAGUUCGAAUAUAUAUAGAUAAAUAUAUAUAUAUAUGUGUGCGGCCGCCAGUUCUAAUCGUUAAGUCAAUAAACAAACCUGGAAGCGAUUAGCUGAAAUCAAAACAACAGCAAUACCACAAGAAAUCAACGGGAAAAUGAAGCCAAAGCAGAAGAUUUCCGUAGAGCCGCUCUUGCUCGUCGCAAUUCUCCUUGGAAUUCUGGUAGCAGCCACCCACGCUCAAGAUCAGAAACUCGGGAAGCCGUCGGCGGCAGCGCCAUCACCAGCAGCCUCUCGACCCCGGGAUGAAAUCUACAUCGAUGAUGAUAGCAUCGAGGGCUCAGGCGGACGUGGCGGGAUACACGAAGAUCUAGAGAAAGAACCGGACUAUUCUGGCUCCGGCUUUGGACCCGAUGACGAGGACGCCGAACCCGACCAGCACUCGCACAGUUCGCACAACACGCGCGUCUCGCAGGGCGGCAACGCCGGCAUAAACAGUAAGCAUAACUCGAACGAGAACUUCGGCAAGAACAGCAAGAACAGCAACAGCGACCUCAUCUCGAGUAGAUUCAACAACAAUAAUAAUCACAAUCAGAUCGACAACAGCCAGAAUAUCAAUCUCAAUCCCAAUAAUAACCAUCAAACGAAUAGUGGCACAAUCAUUGGUAGUAGCACCACAGCGAAUAAUAAUAAUAUCAACAUCAACAGCCAGAACGGCAUCAUCAGUGGCAGUGGUAGUGAGAUCGGUGGCCAUAACUCAAUCGCAGCUCAUACACCAACACAAACCUCAUCCACAAUCUCAACAACAUCGAGUUCUUCGACACCAACGCCCACGACCACAACAACCACCACAACGACAACGACCACCACAACGGCAGUGCCAACAACCUCUACAACCGAAGAAUCCUAUCCCAUUUCUAACACCACAACGACAACAACAGCUUCGACGAUCCCCAUACCCUCACAACCAAAUCAGCCCAUAUUCCCGCCCUUUGACAAGGAUCUCGACUCGGAGGCCAGCGGUGAUGGUCAUGAUCCCAAUAUCGAUGACGAUGAGGAUGACUAUGAGUAUGGCAGCAAGGAGGAGGAGAAAGAAAUUGAUAUCGAUGGUCCCGAAUCUGGACAUGAUAAGCCAGAUGUUCCCCAACACUCCGAUGGUGACGAUGGAGUUUUCACCAAGGAUGAAAUCGAUGUGGAUGGCGCCGAUGAGGAUGAAAGUGUGGAUAGCGAUUUGGGUGGUCCGCGAAUCGGUGGCAACGAUGGAGAUGUUACAGAGCGCGAACCGGGCGCAGGUGGCAGCAACGUGCACGAAUUGGACCCCAACACGAACGUUAAUAGCCAGCCCUCCGACACGAAGGGCAUCGAUCACAGGCCCAACGGCAACGAAGUGGUCAUCAUGAGCGAGGACGAUCGCACGUCGAGCUUCUUCUCGCAGCCCGGAAUUCUGGCUGCUGUUAUUGGCGGUGCCGUCGUUGGCCUGCUCUGCGCCAUACUUGUGGUCAUGUUCAUCGUGUACCGCAUGAGGAAAAAGGACGAGGGAUCCUAUGCGCUGGACGAACCCAAGCGAUCGCCGGCCAACAAUUCGUAUGCGAAAAACGCGAAUAAUCGCGAGUUUUACGCCUGAGAUAAUGGCACGGCGCGCAGGUAUUAAGUUGACCACAAGUGCAGGAACAAACUGUGAGGACGAUAGUGCGGAAAACUGGACGGAGGCGGAGCGACUGGGUUUGGUCAGGCUCAACUGAAUACACUGUGCGGAGUGGGGGUGCAUCAUCAUCAGCAGUCCACUAAAACAAGGAUAGUUCAUCCGCAGCAGAAGCAGCUACAAAACUAACACAAAAAAUUGAAAAUUUUAAACAUUUUCAAAACACACACAAUUUUUCGUGAGGGGUAAUUAAAACUAAAAUAAAAAUAAAAAAAAUAUAAACAACAAAUCGGCAAAUAAUAAGAAAUGAAACAAAAAAAAUUGAAAACUUACCUGUAAGUUAAUGCAAAAUAGACACACACACAGACAGAUAACCGACUCUCUCUGCGUGUGUGGGUGUGUGUAUGCGACUUUUCUAAUUAAGUAAGUUUUAAGCGACAAAAACCAACAAAAAUAUCAAAUAUAAUUGCAAAUAAAUCAUGCGAAAUUUAAUAUAUAAAUAAUAUAUUAUAUAUAAAUAGUGAAACCAAUAUAAGGGCGGGCAAAAUUAAGCGAAUUAAUUAUGAAUUACGAGUAUGUAGAGCAAAAGCAGAAGGAGAAGGAGGAAAUUGAAUAAUAACUAUGAUAAUACACACACACACGCGCAUCCAACUACAUAGAUGUAAAGGCAACUUUCGUGCAUAUUGAAUAUAAAUGUAUGGAUUAUAUAUGUUAGCUGAAUAACGAAAGCGAAUUGGAUACAUCACGAUUAUCUCUCAACUCUCGAUAGACCCCCUCGUCGAACCACCCCCCACACACUCACACACUUAACUCUUUAUUUCAACAAUCAAUUGUCAAACGAAGUCCAAUGAAAAUAAUUAUAAUUAUGAAUUGUGCGGCACAUAACAAACGGAAAUCGAUGCAUAAAUGUUUUUAAGUUAUACAUAAGCAAAACUAUGUAAUUAUUAGUGUAAUUCCUAAAACAAACAAAAAAAAAAGAAAAGAAAAAACGAAAAAUACUAAAUGAAGCAAAAAACAGAUUUAUGAACACUGUGAACCUUCCUGGCAACUAAAAACCAACAGAAUUGAAAUGAAAACAACUAUUUCUACUUUUUUCUAGAAAACACAAAACCACGAAUAUUUAUUGAAACGAAGUUAAAAUUGAAAUUGGAACAUGAACAAGAAUUCAGAAUGAAAUGAGAUACAUGUAUCGUCAACGAGAAAGCAAUUGUACAUUAAUUUAGGUUUCCACUUGGGUUUUAGAGUUAUUCGAGAUUUCCUUCGCUUGACUCAACUGCUUCUUCCAUGGCUAAGAAUCAAAAUCGGAUUACGCAUUAAUUAUUGUGCAUUUAUUUAGUUUUUACGUUCGCUGUCAAUGACAAUUGUUUAGUUUUGCAAGCAAAAUACAAAAGCGAAUUACAAACGUUGAAAAACAAAAAACCAGAACAAGAACAACAACAGCCACAGAUCAUAACCACGACCAUGCAAUAGUGAAAAUUAAUUGUUAAGUUUACAAGGCGAAUUCAAUUAAAUUAAAACGGAAGCAGUCCAGCCACAAAUGUUAUACUCACCUAUACCAACCACGCCCCUAAAAACACAACCAACCAAUUAGCUGCAAUACUUGUUUAAUUGUUAGUCAACCAAUAUUCUCUCUCCAACUCUCAUGCCAUAUUUUCAUUGCGAAAAGAAAGUUAUGAAAAGAAACGAAACGAAAACUAAUAUAUAACAUAUAAGUAUAUAAUUAGCAACAUAAAUCAAUUGUGUGUGUAACUGUGUAUAAUGCAUAAAUAAUGAAUUAAACAUACUACUACUUCGACAGCAGAGCAUAUAACAAAGGGAAAUUUCGAACAUCAUCAUCAGAACAGAAAACUAUUUUCCCCCCUUCCGGAAUUCCAACUGAAACUCACACAAAAAACACACAGAACAAACAUGAACAGCAACAACAGCAACAGGAACUAAGCAAAAACAUUUUUCUGAACACAACUUUUUCUACACUGUAAAAAACGCAACUGCAACUUUUUUGAUAUGUACAAGUACUAUGUUUGUUCUACUCUCGACCCAUAGUACGUUUUGUCAAAUUUUACAUCAACUUUUUUUGCUACUUUGUAAGCGUUUAGUUUGUUAGUUUUUUAAAAUGCGCUGAAUGUACUGAGAAAUUGGUUUUGAUUUGCUAAAUAAAACUGGUAUAAAACUAAUUUAAA